GAUCCUUCUCCUCUCCUCUCUCACGAUGAGUGCUAUGGUAGUCUUGCCUGCAGCUCAGUAUCUCUCUCUGCGUUGUGCGGAAGCUGUGUUUCGACGCAACAAUGGCCUCUGCGGAGACGAUCGACGGCGAAGGAGAACACGCGGUGGAGAUGAUUCCCACCAACGCAACAGCGUCGACUGCAGAUGCCGCUGUCGCUGUCGCUGCGGCUGCUUCAGAUGAGAUCACGCCUCUGUUGACUGACAAUGUGAAGCCCAAGAUCAACAUCUUCUCUGUGUCCUAUCCUCGAAGAAAGCCUCGGGAGCAAGCGGCAAGAUCAGCUGAAACGGAGAUAUCACCAUUCACCCAGUUUAUUUUGUGGGCGUGGAGUGGAUCCAGGUACUCUGGUCUGAUCUGCAUGGCCUUGUCAUCCACUAUUUACUUUAUCAUGGAAGUCAUUUCAGACAUUUUCUCUGCUCAGUCAAUUCCUUUAUUUGAGACAGCAUUUGCAAGAUGCACAAUUAUCUUGAUAUUGUCAUAUUUUUGGCUGAGAAGGAGCGCACAACCAAUGUUUGGGCCAAUGCAUGUCAGGAAAUUGUUGGUUUCAAGAGCCUUAUUUGGGUAUCUUUCAUUAUUCAGUUUUGUGUAUUGCAUCCAGAGGCUACCUCUAUCCCAAACUAUUGUAUUGAGCUUCACAACUCCAAUUAUGGCUUCAAUUGUGGCAAGAAUUAUUUUACAUGAGAGGUUGAAUGUUGCUGAUAUAGGAGGUCUUGCGUGCAGUUUCUUCGGUGUGCUCUUUAUUUUUCGACCAUUGCUCACUGCGCAAGGAGAAUUAGCUAGAGCUGGGGAAGAAAGCAGCUCAUAUGUCACAGGAAGCCACCACACGUAUGCAGUCUUAGGUGGCUUAUUUUCGUCGAUAACUGGUGGAAUCAGCUAUUGUCUGAUAAGGGCUGGUGCAAAGGCAUCUGAUCAACCCGUGCUUACUGUGCUUUCAUUUAGCAUACUAGCCAGCCCUGCAGCAGCAUUAUGUACAUUUGCCUUCCAAGAAUUUGUGUUGCCUGGUUUUUAUUCAUUUCUUCUCAUGACUGUACUUGGUGUAUUGGCCUUUUUCGCGGAGGUAUUCUUAGCACGUGGACUCCAUCUUGAGAAAACUAGUAGAGUCACAAAUGUUCAGUACAUUGAGGUUGCCAUCUCACAAUUAUGGACCAUUGGUUCAUCAAGGAUAGCUCCAUCUUUUGGUAGGCUUUUUGGAUGUUUACUUAUUUUCAUUUCAGUAUGUAGCACCCUGUACUUUGGAUCUGAUAAAGAGAUAGAAUGACAGAUACCUGAAACCCAUUGUUUCAUUGGAGGCACACACCUGAUUUGGUGCAUCCGUUCUUUGUUGUAUUGUAUCCUCCUUGAUUUUUUUGAAGUUUCAAGUUGUAUGCAGUGGCUUACCUUGCUCCUAAGGGCAAUUUGUUUUGGAUUA